AUGAUAGCAACGUACAAUCAGCCUACUUCUUUUGCACAUCAACGUCAAAGUUCCGAAACUUUUGAAGAUAUCAAGAGUAAUAACUCUACAAAUCUUCAUGGCACUUUUAGCAUUGUAAAAAAUUGUGACAGUCCAUAUAACAACUGUGCUAUUCAAGCAAGUUUGAGCGAACAACCUCCACAACAACACGUUCAAUCUUCCACUGGUUCACGGCAACAAACUUUUGGCUCCUCAUCGACAAAACAAUUUAAUAAUAAUACUCGAACUUCUUCAUUAUCAACGUCUAAUACGACAACAAAUCGCAACAACUUUACCGAUAAUCAAAUCUUUACAACGGCCUCAACAACGGAGCAUCAUCAGUUCUCUCUUGCAAAUUCUCGUAGUGGCAACGGUAAUAACCAUCCCAAUUCCAACAAUGGCAGAAUUAUAAAUAUGGGUCAUAACGUUGGUGGCAUGAAUGUAAAAGAAAUUAAUGAUUGGACUAAAAAUGCUGUAAAAGAUUCAUCGAAAUUAAAAUUUGGUCAUAUUCUUUUUGAACAAGUUGCCUUUCCUCCAAAAAAGUCUCGUUGUGCUGAUAUUAAUGAAGACAAUGAUGAUGAUUCGAAAAAAGAUCUUUUGGGGGCUUCAAUUUGGCGCCUUUAUACAAAAGCGAAAGAUGCAUUACCCAACGGAAUACGUGUCGAAAAUAUUACUUGGAGAAUGAUGUAUUUAGCUUUAAACAAAAAAAAUGCUGAACAAACUUUAAUUAAACAUGAAUCGUUUGAUGACUCUCAUGUAUCUAUGUCUGAUGAUGUCUUUUCAAGUAAUAUGAUUAGACAAUCCAAAAAUUCCGUUGCCACUUCUAAAAAAUCUAUCGUUAAUAAUAUUUCUGUCCAAGAAAA